AUGUCUUUUUCGCUGAGAGAGAGGAUGCGAGACUCUUCGUCGCCGGUGCACAAAAUGGUUCGCCGCGUGUUGCACACGCUGCGAUCCACGCAGCUGCCAUCGGCCAGAAUGGUCGCCAAGGUCUUGAUGCCGCUAAUCGCCAUAGUCGCCGCCGUGGUCAUCUACAUCCAGGCCUCCAAGUUGGGCCAGUACUCCAAGCUCUCCCAAUACACACCGGAGUACAUGUCUGACAGGCGCAAUGAGGAGCCCGACUGGUUCGACAGCAGCACUUUCUAUUCCACGCGCGUGGAUCCCGUGCAAGGCAAAAAGUUUUCGCCGCUAGAGCUUCUUCCGGGCUACGACAAGGACAUGAUCAGUCGGCGCCAGAAAUCCUGGGAUUUUCUAGGCCGCAAACAUCGCUUUAAAAAAUUUGAGGAGCUAUCAACAGAGGCCAAGUGUCUUUUUUACUUCCACAAGGUCUAUGAGCUGACUCCCAACUGGAGCAAUGACUACAAGAAAUGGGACUUCAUCAUUAACGAUGACGAAAUGCUUAAUUUGCAGGAUGUCGAUGAGGCAUCUAGUGAAGCCAUCAAGUCUCGUAAACGCGAAAACGAUAUGGCUCUCGGGAUAGAGCGCGCGCGCAUGUACGACCUGUGUUUCGUGUCCCCUGCCGCUGCGAACGUUGACAUGGCUAAGAUUCUUCAAAAACAAGGACGCGCAGGUGGCUCAUCGGUUUCUGAAAUCGAUCAGUGGGAUUUCGAGCACCGCAUGUGGCCAAUGCUUCGCAAAUUCAACGCAACCACUUUCGAAGAUCUCAUUCCUCGCAUAACUAAUCCUCAAGGUGAAAUUUUGGAAAAGGGCUUUCUCCCCCCCAUGGGAAAGAAACGUGAAGCAAGCGACGUUGCUGUUAAGUAUCAGUACGAUGGCUCUCGGUCUUUCUUAUGGAACUGGAACCAAAUGAGUUCGCGGGUGUCCCCCAGGGGUAUCGUCUUAAGUUUUGGCGACGCACAGCUCGAACUCGCUAGCAAGUUUCUAGCCCAUAUGCGCUUCACGGGAAAUACGUUACCAAUUCAAGUGGUGACAAAAGGAGACGUUUCAAGAGAAACCAUCGAAAUUCUUUUGAAAAUGGCACAGGCCGACACCAUUGAUUUCCCCAAAACCGAUUAUAAAAAUGCCAAAAAUGUGAAGCAGGAGUUGUGGUUUUUAGAUGUUUCUCCAACCUUAGAUCCAGACGUCAAGGACUCGUUCGAUCGCUUCAAAAAUAAGUGGCUGGCCGCUUCAUUUAACUUAUUUCAAGAGUAUGCGUUCAUCGAUAUUGAUGCUGUUAAUUACGUUGAUAUGAACUACUUCUUUGACAACACGGACUACCGAAUUACGGGUACCCUUUUCUUUAAAGACCGGUUUUUGAACGAAGUUAUCGACCACAAAUGUCCUGCCAUGUUGGAGACUUUGGCCCCUAGGUUUAUGGAUGGAUACUACAUGCGUACCUUUUCUGCCAUUCAGCCAGACCAUGUAGAAUUUGCGUGCGAAAAAUGGCUAUCCCCUGCCGAGUUAACCUACAGGGAUUUCUUCUUUUUUAACAAAAAGCAUCAGAUGGAUUCGGGUCUUGUUGUCGUAGACAAGGACUCCCAUAGCGUUCCGCUCAUGAUAUCAAUGAUGAUGCAUUUGACUCCCAAGCUCAACUCUUGCAGUUAUGGUGAUAAAGAAUUUUUCUGGCUAGGAUUUCAAGCUUCUGGACACCAGUUUUCUUUCCACAAAUCAAGACCUGGCGCUACCGGCAUGGUACGAGACGAACCAAAUGUUAACAAACAGAUGAAGCAGAGAAAGAGCGAAAUCUGCAGCAUUAUUAUUUCGCACAUCAGCCCUCGUGAUGGUCUCUUGUGGGUUAACGGUGGCACUCAAAACUGCAAAUUCGACGUUGCCCGGAAAGAUUGGGAUGAUGACAACCUUCACAUGUCAGCCAAGUACUCGAGUUUCGAAGACAUGGAAAAACAGUACAAGGGCCCUGUUGAUAUGCAUUCGGGCAUCAUCCCAGCUGAGAAACCUGACGUUUGGGGGAAACCAGAUCAACGUUGCAAGGGUUACUAUUAUUGUGCACGUUACGAACAACACAUCAAACCUUAUUCGUUCAAUAAAAAGUACGAAAAGGGUCAACUCAUAACCUUCAGCUCCGAACAGAGGGAAAAGUACAAUGCCAUUAAUAAAGUCUGGGUGACAAACUACUUGAGUUAA